GUAUUGGAUAGACCUUAAACAUAGGAUACAAUCUAGAGCUGCACAAUAUAGGCACUAUGCUACAGGUACUGGUGGAGGGUGCUAAUGUUGAUAACUUAUCUGAAUUAGAUAUGGCCAUAUUGGGAACAGCAGCAGUAUUUGAAGAUACUGAACUUCAAAUUCCAUUUAGUAAGCAGUACACCCCCUCUGGUUUGACAAGAUGUGGAUGCAUUAUGCAUCAUUGCAUUGGCCUGUUUCAAAGGAUCUACGUACAGCUAUCAUGAGAUUAGUGUGCCAGUUAACGGAUUUGAUGCUUGACGCUGAACAUUCAACAAACUACAACAUGAAUAUUUGUUGGGAUGAUAACGAGGUUGAAAGGGUCAGGAGACUAAUUUGGAAAAUCGAGGAAGGGCAGAAGUUGUGCACGCAGUACCUACAAGAAGAUUAUUGUACUAUUGACCAGUUUUGUAAUGCUAUGAUUAAUUAUAACCUUAGAUCAGUUCUGUGUGAAAUUGCAAGGUAUUUACCUCCGAAAAUUAUCCUCAAAUAUAACCUCGUGUAUGAGGAUUGAACACUAUCUAUUUAAUUUGCUAUAGGAUUAUACCAUGCAUUAUUAUUAAAUAAAUACCUGACAUAUUGA